GAUCAAUCUUCCUGAGUAUUCUGGCUUUUGUAAAAUUUUUCUGAGGGGUUGAUCUGUGAUGACUAUGAUUGGAUGUGAUUGGAAGUAUGGUCUCAGCUUCCUGGCCGAGGUGACAACUGCUAAGGCUGCUUUCUCUACAAUAGAAUAUCUGAUUUUAGCUCCAUCCACGUGUUUUGCUCUUCCUCAUCUUCUACUUCUCCCCAAUGCUCUGCCUCCCGAAAGUCCCCCCAAAGCCGCUGAAGCUUCCCCCUUGAGAACCGGUAAAGAGCUUGAGUUUUCCCUUUUCUUUCUUGAUGGAGAACAAGGUUUAAACCUAGAAAUUUCCUCCCAGCCACUUGCACGUUCUGCUCUUCUUCUUCCUCGCCCCUGCAACCCGAGAAAGAAGCCAGCUGCCGAUGACAUCUUCCUUGAGAAAACCGGUAAAGCUUGGUGAUUUUCUCUUCUUUCUUGCUUAAUCACAAGAUUUGGGGGUUUAGAAUCUUCUCCCUCAACCCAGAAAAUCCCGAAUCUGCUCUACUCUUCUCCCCUGUCCGUCGGCUGCUAGGUGGGUGUGAGGUUUUGGGCUUUUUCUGAGCCGUGAGCUUCUUCCCCAAAAUCCCGUCAGCCCCCAUGCUCGCCUGGUGCGGGUUCUGCUGGCCGGAAAAAAAAGAGAGGAAUUCCGGUAUGUGCUAGCUUCUCCAAGGCUGAAUUUUACCCAUUUAGUAGUUGGAAAUUAUACAUGUAGCUGCUGCCUUGUCCGAAUUUUCUGUCAAAACAGGGGAAGAAUUGGCAGUAAAUUAAAUGUGUUUUAAGCUUGAUUAUGUAGAAUUUAGCUUGAAGUAGCUGCUGUGAUGUUUUGUGUGAGAAAUCUCGUGUGUGUGAGUUGUGAUUUGCCAAGUUAUGCUCUCCCUGUGAUGCCGUGAGAAAUGGAAUGAAUUUUGGUAGCUUUAAGCUAUGUUUUUAAGUGUGGUUAAGUAGGAAAUUAGCUUGAAUUGGGUUGUUGUGAUUUUGGAGAAAAAUCCCGUGAGAUUAGCUAUGGUUUUGCAAAUUUGGAAGUUGAAGGUUCCUGAUCAUUCUGUCAAUUUAGCAUUGAGAUCGAGCCUUUGAUUUUAAGCAAGUGAGGAAAUGAAACCAAGGACGGGGAAACCACGGGAAGUAACAAGUUAAAAAGCUAGCCAUUUCGAGAUUGAAUAUAGAUUUUAGAAAUAAAUCGUAAUCUUGUAAGCUAGAGUGUAUUUGGAGAUUUUACGAUCUCAGAGAAAUUUUAAAGAUUUGAUCUUCAGAUUUUGUGGUAUCAGAUGUGAAUUGGAUAAGUUCCGGGCCUUGUGCAUUUGUGGGACUCAUCUCACGAGUGCACGGCGUCUGCCACGUCCCCAGAUUUGGGUUUUGGGGCGUGACAGAUUUUGUGGUAUCAGAGCUUAGAUUUAAUUAAAAUUUUGUGAUGUCAGAGUCUAGGUUUAAUUAAUUACCUAGGAUUUGUUUUGGACUUGGCUAGCCAAUGGAUCUUAGAACCGUGGUGAGACGAGUGAUGGGGUUAUACAAGGGACGAUUUUGAUUGUAAAUGUUGGUGAAAUUGAUCUAGUUCUGGAACUUUUAGUUUGGAUGAUAAACUGAGAUGAUAAUGAUAAAUCUGGAAUUUGUGUUUGGGGAUUUUAAUGCUAUGCUCAAAUCUGUUUUGCGUUUAGGCUUACAGUUUUGGGUGUAUGAUGAAGAGGGACUCUAAGCUCUUCAGCUCCUCCCCUCUUCCUUCCACUUCUGAGAUCAUUUCCAAUUCAUGAUACCUUUUUCGUUCUCUAAAUCUUCAGUUCCCUUCAGUUUUUGGAGUUGUUGAUGAUUUUAGUGUCUGUGUGAAUCUGCUUGUAAGCUUCUGUUUUAGAUUUAAAAUAAGUUAUUUUGCAUUCGUAAUGGUAAUUAAAUUGGUUCAUUUCUCGUGUUUCAAUCGUAUGACUCUAGUUCAAUAUAUCUGUUUGAUAUUUGAUGAUUUUUGUGUGGAUAACUUGGUUUGCCUGUGUAAUGAACUUAGAUGUGAAGC